AUGUUGAUUCAAUUCAUGGAAAAUCCAGAUGAACCAACUUGGAAAGGAUAUAUUAUUGCAUUUCUAAUGUUUAUAACAUCGAAUAUUGCCACAAUAUUUGUUCAUCAAUCAUGGGAUGUUGUAUAUCGUUUACAAAUUAAUGUUAGAUCUUGUUUAACAAAUGCAAUUUACUCAAAAGCACUGAAAUUAUCGAAUGAAGCAAGGAAAGAGUUUGGUUGUGGAGAAAUCAUGAAUUUAGUGAAUGGAGAUGUCCCUAAAGUGGAAGGAAUCGCAUUGAACAGUAUGAAGUUUUGGGCGGAGCCUAUGCAGAUCAUCGUUUCCAUUUACAUAAUCUGGAAUCUUCUUGGAAUCUCUGCAUUUUCCGGCCUACUUGUACUUCUUGCUAGCAUUCAAAUGAACAAAUUUAUCUCUGAACACUCCCGGAAAGUGACUUCAGAACUAGUCAAGAAUCAAGGUGAACAGACGAGAAUGGAAUCUGAAGUGUUGAAUGGAAUCAAGGUUUUGAAGAUGUAUUCAUGGGAGAAAAGUAUGGAAAAUAUGAUUUUGAAUAUACGGGAAAAGGGACUCGCCCUUUUUAAAAAGAAGGAAUUUGUCUAUUGUUGUAGUUACUUCUUUUGGGAUGCUUCUUCACUUUUGGCCUCCGCAGUCACCUUCACAACUUUCGUCUUUCUGGAUCCCGAGAAUAAUAAACUGACUCCAGAACUGUCGUUUGUCAUCUUAUCCCUCUUCGCAAUCAUUCGAAUUCCAGUUGUCAGAGUGGGCUAUAUGUAUGGACAGGCUAUUGAGUUCAGUGUGGUUAAUAAUAGACUCAAAACGUUUUUCGCAGCUGAAGAAGUCGAUCCUAUCGAAGAGAACUGUAAAGAGAAAGAUUUCGCAAUAAGUAUAAAGAAUGGAGAAUUCAGUUGGAUUUCAGAUGAGAGUCCAACUCUUCGUGAUAUCACAUUUAACAUUAACCGUGGUCAGCUGGUAGCAAUUGUUGGAACUGUUGGAUCCGGAAAAUCUAGUUUGCUUCACGCUAUUUUAAGAGAUAUGAAGAGGAAAUCUGGAGUCGUCGAAGUCAACGGUUCCAUCGCUUAUGUCCCCCAGCAAUCAUGGAUUCAGAACUUGAGUUUGAAGGAUAAUAUUUUGUUCGGUGAUCCAAUGAAUAGCAAUAAUUAUGAAAAAGCGAUCAGGAAUUGUGCAUUAGUGGAAGAUUUGAAGUCACUACCAGCCGGUGAUAGAACUGAAAUCGGAGAAAAGGGAAUCAAUUUAUCCGGGGGUCAAAAGCAAAGAGUCUCUCUGGCGAGAGCAGUUUAUCAUAAUGCGGAUAUUGUGUUGAUGGAUGAUCCACUUUCAGCAGUUGACUCACAUGUUGGAAAACAUAUUUGGAAUAAUGUUAUUUCCUCUGAAACUGGUUGUCUUUCUUCAAAGACACGUAUUCUUGUAACUCAUGGAUUGACAUACUUGAAAUAUUGUGAUCAAGUGAUCGUAUUGAAUAAUGGAUCGAUAAGUGAGAUGGGAACAUAUCAAGAACUUUUAGAGAAUGAUGGAACAUUUUCAAAGAUUUUGGAUGAGUAUUUAGUAGACGAGAACGAUGAAGUAAUCGGAGAAGCUUCUGGAACAUCUGAUAGAGUGGACAAAAACUUGGAGCUCAACAUGUCACAAAAAAGAGACGAGGAAUUUUACGAAAAUCGUGAAAACGAUGAAUCUUAUCACUUGAUCGAGAAAGAGACUAUUGAAUCAGGAAGUGUAAAUUCUUCAUUCUAUUUGGACUUCUUGCAAUCAAUCGGAUUUUUUACUUUUACAACUUUCCUAAUUGCUUGUGUAGCUAGAAGUAGUGUGGAAGUUUGGGCCAACAAAUAUUUGGCAGAAAUGUCUGAAGAAGAUGAGACUGAUACAAAAAUUAAGUUACUUGGCUACACAUCGUUGUGUUUUGGAAAAUCCAUCGCUAUGGCAGUUGCUGGGAUUAUUUGGAUUCAAGGAACGGUUGAAUUUGGGAGAGUAUUGUAUGCAAUGUUACUCGGGAACAUUUUGAGAUCUCCCAUGUCUUUUUUUGAUGUAACACCAAUUGGAAGACUGUUGAAUCUUCUUGGAAAAGAUAUGGAAUCUGCAGAGCGUUUGUUACCGUCAGAGAUUCAAGAAGUUAUCAAACAGUCGAUAGUUCUGAUAUCUAAAGUGUCCGUAAUCAUAUGGACUGUUCCAUCUUCUGGAUUCUUAAUUGGUGUUCUUACAAUUGGAUAUUUCUAUGUUAUGAGAUAUUUUAUCAGCACAUCUCGACAAUUGAAAAGACUGGAAUCAGCUUUACGUUCACCAAUUAUUUCAAACUUUCAGGAAUCUAUUCAGGGAGCCUCGUCUAUUCGUGCUUUCAAUUCUGUGAAUAGAUUCAUUCUUCAGUCUCAAAAAAUAGUGGACGAUCACCUGAGAGCUUACUUUCUGAUGGUUACAGCUAAUCGAUGGUUGGCAGUUCGUCUUGAAUCAAUCGGUAAUUUGAUUGUUCUGUUCACAGCUGGAGCUGCUGUAUACUUCCGUGACUCUUAUGAAAUGUCAUCUGGUAUUGUUGCUUUAUCUGUUACUUAUGCAUUGAGUGUAACCCAUAGUCUACAAUGGAAUGUUCGAGCAAUGGGUGAGCUCGAGAGUCUUACUGUGAGCAUUGAAAGAAUAAAGAAUUAUAUGAAUAUUCGAAAUGAAGGGAUGCAAUCUAAAAACCUAUCAAUCUCUGAAUCUUGGCCAGAAAAGGGAGAGAUUCAGAUCAAAAACCUCAGUAUCCGAUACCGUCAAGGGCUUGAUUUGGUGCUUCAUGGAGUUUCAGCACAUAUCAAAUCAGGAGAAAAAAUAGGAAUCGUUGGGAGAACUGGAGCUGGAAAAAGUUCAUUGACACUUGCAUUAUUCCGAAUCGUUGAAGCAGAUGAAGGAUCAAUUGAAGUCGAUGGAAUCGAUAUUUCUGUUUUGAAUCUGGACGAUCUUCGUUCUCGUCUCACUAUCGUUCCACAAGAUCCAGUAUGCUUUUCGGGUAGUUUACGGAUGAAUCUUGAUCCAUUUUCAACAUUUUCCAACGCUCAAAUCUGGGAAGCUCUUCGAAAUGCUCACUUGGCUCAUUUUGUGGAGAUUUUGCCAGGAGGACUUGAUUUUCCGAUUAGUGAAGGAGGAGAGAAUGUGAGUGUCGGUCAACGGCAAUUGAUGUGUUUGGCUCGAGCUCUACUCCGAAAAACGAAAAUUUUAGUGUUGGAUGAGGCGGCAGCGGCAGUUGACGUGGGAACAGAUAGUCUGAUCCAGAGAACAAUUCAAGAGCAAUUCAAGGAUUGUACAGUAAUAACAAUUGCUCAUCGAUUGAAUACGAUAAUGUCAUGUGAUAGGAUUCUCGUUCUCGAUAAGGGACGAGUUAUCGAAUUCGAUUCCCCCAGAAAUCUUUUAUUGAAUCCUCAAGGAAUGUUCUAUUCUAUGGCUAAGGAUGAUAACAUCAUUCAAUAA